AUGGACUUGGAGAUUGGCCAUAUCAACUUCUCCGUGAGCAGCAAGAGCGCGAGGCCAGCGGUGAGUCGCACGAAGAUGAAAGUCCUACCGUGGACUGGUACACUGAUAGUUAUCCCUUUGUUGUGUGGCUAUGUGUCCGAUCGUACGGACAUGGGUGGUGAGACCGCUCUCGGAAAUGGAAACGGCGAGGUGGUGAAAGUUCGAGGGCGGCAAAUAGUACGCAUUCUAACCGUCAUAUUACCAGUGCUCCAAGUAUACAAAGGUGCAAAGGGCUUAGCCGUGGGUUUGCAAGGUCGGUAUAUCGAGCAUAAAGCGCUUCAGGCACUGUGUAUGACAGAACGGAUCACAAUGGUGACAUCUUUCCGUCCCCGAUCGUCAUCCAUCAAGGAUGAUAGUGUUCUCACAGCAGUCUGUCCCGUCUCGAUACUUGGUGACUUGUAUCAUCAAUUCGGCGGAGUUUUCUGGCAUAUGGACAAGGAGAUUGUUGAAGAUGACAAGGUCCAGAAGGGCAUGUUCGAUGACAGCCACCUUCACUCGGAGGAACUGAAACAGCAAUGGCACAAGAAACAGUCCCAUGCUGCUACAAAGUAG